GUGAUUUCUACACUGUUUAUAUUGUCAUUCAAGAUCAAGUUCUGAUCUCUAAGAGAGUAAACGCAUCCUUAUGAUGCAGUACGUUUAUUGUAUAAAUCUUGAUUUGGAGAAAGUUUGGACUAUUUCAACGAGUUUAUCAUUCAUUGGAUAGAGCUGGGUUGCUUAUGAGAAAAUUUGAUUCAGCUCAUCAGAUUUUGUUGCUUACAAUGGCCAAUCUUCUCUUCAAUAAAUUGGUGGAGAGUGCCAAGGCAAUUGAAGGUGGUAAUCUGGAUCUUGCAGAGUCACUUCUGGAGGAAAUCAGAUAUCUAGUUUCUACAGAACCCAACAUAGCAACAAGGAAGGUUGUCAAAAACUUUGCAGAGGCUUUAGUCCGGCGAGUCAAUGGACUGCAUCCUCGAUAUCCUUUGCCAUUAGUACCUUCCUCAAAUCUAGAGGACUUCUACAAUUAUGUAUUUUAUCCUUUCUACUGGUUUUCUUACUUCACCACCACGCAUGCCAUCCAUGCCUUUCGCACUGGAAAUAAACCACUCCAUGUUAUUGAUUUCUCAGUCAUGCUAUACACCUCUUUGUGGCAUGAUUUGAUGCGAGACCUUGCGAAUCAGCCUGGUGUUCUGCCAUCUUUUCGGUUGACCAGCAUCGUGCCGAAACUGUCAAGGAAUUUUAACUAUCUACAACAAAUACGCAGCAAACUCACUCGAGCUGCUGAACGGCUCCGAGUUGAUUUUGAGUUGAGACAAGUGGUGGCCAAUAAUGCGAAAGAAAUCAUUGAAUGUUGUGUGUCUAAGAUCAGAAGGACAAAGGAGGAUGAGAUGCUAGUUGUGAGAUGGUCGUUUUCACUUCACAAGUUGCUUUCACAGGAAGGUGCCCUUGAGCAGGUGCUCUCAAAGGUGAAAGAUUUGAAACCAGACAUCAUGAUCAUUGUCGAGCAAGAAGCCAAUCAUAACGGGUCUGAUUUCAUGGACCGGUUUGUUAAGUCAUUCCAAUACUACUCCACUAUUUUUCACUCACUAGAGGAGGACACCUUCUACCGCGAUGUGGAUGGCAUGGAGUUGUGGAAGAGGAAUUUCAGACGGCAAAUUGGGAACGUGGUGGCAUGUGAGGGCAUUGACAGGGUCGAGCGGCAUGAGUCAUUGUGUCAAUGGCAGGAGCGGCUAUUGCAUGCUGGGUUUCAUCCAAUGCAACAGUGGUGGAAGAACGAUAGGCAUUCUCUCCAGUUGAAAUACAGAAUACAAGAGAAGGAUGGACAUCCUAUGCUAUAUCGGCAUGAUUGCCCACUUCUUGUCACCUCGGUUUGGAAACACUCUGACCCAUCCCAGUUCAGUGAUGGUUCUAUCACAUUACAAGAUGUAACUAUGUUCCCUCCAGCUGAGAAGUCCGACUUGAUGACUUCUUCUGAGUCUGUGGAUGAACAAGCAGAUGAUAGGGAAGACAGUAUGUGGUCUCCAAGGGGCUUUUUGAUGGAUCAAAUAGCUGCUUCAGCUAAUCUAUAUGACAUAUUGGAAUAUGUAUGUCAUGCACAUAAGUUUCCACUGGCAUUGACAUGGAUUUCCCAUGGUGGGGAGGGUAAUGCAAAUUCAAAUGAGAAACGUAUUCUACAGAUUGAGGAUAUGGCUUGCUUUGUAAACAGUUGCUGGAAGAACAGAUUUGUUGAUGGAUAUGUGGAGUGCUAUAUUAAGGAAGGGCAAGGUAUUGCUGGUAAAGCACUUCAAUCGAAUCUGUAUUUUGUUCCUCAUAUUUCUCUGCUGGAUGCGGUCGAUUAUCCAUUCGUUGACUAUGCACACAAGUAUUUCCUUAAUGCUGCUGUUGCAAUCAAGCUCACAAGCACCUAUACCAGCACCAGCAUCAACGAUUACGUAGUAGAAUUUUUUCUCCCUCCUCACUUGAAAGAAAGUUCAGAACAACACCUUUCAAUAAAUGGACUCCUAUGCACCUUGCAGAAGAAAUGCGGUAAUUUGUGGAAACUUUGGUGUAUGGAAACAAAUGAGCUUAAUGGCUCCAGAGCAAUGCUUGGGGAGGUAGGUGUCUCUAGCAUCCCACCAGCAGCUGUUUCUAGGAGCUCUCAACUGGUACUAUCAGAUGGUAUUCCAAGCAUAAAUGAAAUCACGGAACUAGACAUAUCUAACCAGACCAGUGAUGGGAUGGAAACACAUCAGACUCUUGAACAGGAAGUCAGAGAACAAUAUGCAAAGGCUACUCCAGGUAUAAAUGCUGAAAGAGAGUUGCCUAGCAAUGGCAAUGCCAACCGAGACAUGGUCAUUAACAAAAAACGAAAGGUAUCCAGUGUGUGGGAGGGAUUUAAGAAGCAUGAAGGAAAAUAUGGUGAAGCAUGGGCUACAUGUAAAUAUUGUAAUAAGCGGUAUCGUGCUGAAAGCACGAGGGGAACUUCAAAUUUACAUAAACAUUUACAAAAAUGCUUGUCCAAGAGACAGGGAGGAGCAGAACAACAAUCAUCACCUCUGGUUGAAUCUGAUGAUUUAAUAAGUUCUAUCCAAAGAAAUUUUGUGUUCGAUCAAGAAAGAAGUCAUCUAAACAUCGCAAGAAUGAUGAUUAAGCAUGGAUAUCCACUGGAUAUGGUUCAGCAUGAGUUUUUCGUAACUUUUGUGAAGAAUUUGCAGCCAAUGUUUCAACUUCAUUCGAAAGACAUGGUUGAAGCUGAUGUUCUUGUUAUUUAUAGACAAAAGAAGGAGAAGCUCAUCAGAUGUUUCAAAAACCUCUCUUGUCUGUUCUGUUUAACAAUUGAAUUGCUGUCGUCUGACGACAGAAAGAUGACAUACUGUUGCUUGACCUUGCAUUUCAUUGAUGAUGAAUGGAAGCAGAAGAAGAAGAUUCUUGCUUUCAGGAAUCUACAGGGCAAUUACGAUGCAGACACUAUACAAGAAAUCAUUAGAAGUGUGCUUAUAGAGUGGGGCAUUGGCAAGAAUUUGAAUUUCAUAUGGUUAAAUAUUGCUCCUCCAAAUGAUCAGAUGAUCGGAGAAUUAAAAAGUAAGCUUUCGGGCCAAGACUCUCUUCUCAAUGGGGAUGGAUGUUUUUUAUCUUCUUAUGCACAAAUUGUUCAUCUUCUUAUUCAAGAUGGACUUUUCGAGAUAAAGAGUGUUCUUUGUAAGAUUAGAGAAUCUAUUGCAUAUGUCAACGGAACACAAGAUAGAAGAGAAAUGUUUCAGAAGGCAAUCAAUCAAUUGAAGUUGCCAGACAAGAACAAGGCUUCUCUUGAUGUUCCUACAAGAUGGGAUACCACCUUUUCGAUGCUCGAGAAUGCAUUAGACUUGAGAAAUGCCUUUGCUUACCUUGAACAAACUGACGGCGAUUUCAGAGUGAAUCCAUCAGUGGAAGAGUGGAACAUAGCAACGAUCAUACUGGACUGCUCGAAAGUGUUGAUAUUGCAUGAGUCCGUAUGCAAUGCUUCUACAGGCGUAGAAAUGUAUUUCCUGAACUUUUGUGGUGUCUAUAAGAAUUUGAUACAAUGGAAGAGGAGCCAACAUGCAUUUGUUCGCUCGGUGGCAGAUAGAAUGCUGGUGAGACUUGAUGAGUUUUGGAGCAAGUUUUGCUUGGCUUUGGGAAUCUUAACAAUUCUCAACCCUUGCUUUAGACUUGAUGUUGUGGAGUACGGCUACAGCCAGAUUUAUGGCAGUGAUGCAAACUUAUUCUUGCCAAGACUCCAGAACGAUCUUAAAAGGGUGUACCAUAGAUAUGCUAGUGACUCCAGUAAUCCGGCAGCAUCCACUUCCACUCUUGCUGAUGUGAAUUGCUGCACAUCAUUUAAUCCAACUUCUGAAGAUAUGCUUCAAGGAUUCAAGGCGUGGCAGAAGCGUAAAUAUGAAAGCAAUUCGCUGGAUUCGCAGAAGGUUGAACUUGAUCAGUAUUUAGAGCAACCUCCAGAAAACUUGAGUAAGGAUUAUAACGUCUUGGAAUGGUGGCAUGCCAAUGCUCCAAAAUUCCCAAUACUCGGAAGAAUGGCUCGUGAUUUCUUUGCAAUUCCUGUAUCAACUAUCGUUUCAAAAUCUUCUGCAGCUGAAGAAGCAGUGAAGAUGAACUCAACCUUUAAUCACGUACGUCCUGAAAUUGUAGAGGCUUUAAUAUGUGGGAGGGAUUGGCUGGAGAGUCCUUUGCAAGUCCUCUUUUAAAAAAAAUCCUCCCAUUUCUAGUGUUUGUUUUUUUUUUUUGUGGGGGGUUGCUAUUUUAAGUAAUUAUACUGUUAUUAUAAAAUACAGCUAGAAAUAUUUUACACAUUGGAUUUGUGCUGUAUAUUCAGUGGUAUCACUCUUUUCUUGUUUAAUGUGGGCAU